AUGUCUAAGGGUUUGGUGAGAAUACGGUUAGCAAGAUUUGGGAGGAAGCAUGCCCCGCUGUACAAUAUAGUCGUUGCGAACUCACACAAGGCUCGGGACAAGACACCUAUUGAAGUUCUGGGAACAUAUAAUCCUAUUCCACAGCCUUUGACGAAGCGGGAGAUAAAGAAUGGCGCUAUCCCAACCAAGGAUGUGAAGCUUGACAUGUCUAGAACGAAAUAUUGGAUUGGUGUGGGAGCACAGCCGAGCGAAACAGCGACCAAAUUGCUGGUAAAAUGUGGUUUGUUGGGCGAGGAAUGGAUAAAGUCUCGCUCUUCCGACCAACAAGUGGCGCUUCCGAAAAGAGAGGUGUACGAAUAA